AAAGAUGCGCCUGCGCCGUAUUAUUUGGAAAUUAUUGUUAAUUGUAACGGUCUCGUUGAUCCUUUUGUUUAUAUUUUUAAAUACAAACGACAAAUCGGAAAACUAUUCCGAUGAUUUUAUAACAAUACUGCGAAAUACAAAGGAAGAUGCCACCGCAAAUGAAGAGGACCAGCAGCAGCUGCAGCAACAACAGCCACUAACAAGCAGCCAAGUUGGUGUUAAACAAGUGACGUCCAGACCUUUGUUGAACUUAACACAAUUCGAGUAUUUAAUCGACAACGAUUUGUGUGAACGUUUUAAAAAGGAGCUAACAGCAAUUUUAAUUGUCACCUCGUAUAUUGGUCACGAUGAACUACGUGCAGCACACCGCCAGGCUAUAUCACAAACGAAACUUGCCGAAAUGGGUAUGCAACGUGUUUUCCUUUUGGCAUCGUUACCGACCAAAGAACACUUCAUCACCCAAUCACAAAUAUUCAAUGAACAGGAACGUUUUGGCGAUCUCCUGCAAGGCAACUUUAACGAAGCCUAUCGAAAUCUAUCCUACAAACAUGUUAUGGGCCUCGAAUGGGCUGCCAAACGUUGUGAUCGGGCGAAAUUUAUUAUAAAAAUUGAUGAUGACAUCAUUUAUGAUGUAUUCCAUUUGAAACGUUAUUUGGAUUCAUUGGAAUUGGAAAAUCUGGAGCUGACCAAAUCCAAUGAAAUGUUGUGUGGUUAUGUUCUGGAUGAAAAACCGGUUAUACGUAAUCAAGCGAAUAAAUGGUAUGUUCGACCAGAUGAAUAUAAUUUCAAUAAUUAUCCAUCGUAUUUAUCGGGUUGGUUAUAUAUUACCAAUCCCAAGACGGCCUUACGUUUGGUCAAUCAGGCCUAUAGUUCACCAAUAUUUUGGAUUGAUGAUACCUGGAUAACGGGUAUAUUGCGCGAGCCAUUAAACAUACCACUGCAACGAUUGAAUAAUUGGUUCUCGGCCAAUCCGGAUUUCCUAAAUUGUUGUGUACGCGAUUUGAAAAAACCCAAUGCCAUGGAAUGUGAAUUUUUCGUUGGUCCCAAUGGUGGUGAUUCGAAACUGCUCAUUGAAUUUCUGCACAAUGUGGAGAAAUGUUACUACGAUGAAUGUUUGAAACGUUCCAAAGAGCAGAGUCUAAAAAAUACCUGUGUUGGGUCGGUGAAACACAUAUUACCCGAUCAUGGUAAUGCUGAAGUUAAAAUGGUUUCAAUGGGUAGAUGA